AUGUCCACGGAGAGGGAGAGACUCGAUGAGAUCGGCAAGAAGAUCAAGCGAGAGCCGGAUACAGCCGCCGCCCUCGCCGUCGCUGCCACCUCUGCCUCCGCCUCCACCGUGCCGGCGGACGACCACAUCCCACGCCUCCUCGGCCUCGACGGUGCCCUCAACACCUUGACACCGUGCGCCGCGUGCAAACUCCUCCGCCGCCGCUGCGCGCAGGAGUGCCCCUUCGCCCCCUACUUCUCGCCGCACGAACCCCACAAGUUCGCCGCCGUCCACAAGGUCUUCGGCGCCAGCAACGUCUCCAAGAUGCUCUUGGAGGUGGCGGAGGGGGAGAGGGCGGACGCAGCAAGCAGCCUGGUGUACGAGGCGAACCUCCGGAUGCGGGAUCCGGUGUACGGCUGCAUGGGCGCCAUCUCCAUGCUGCAGCAACAGGUGAACGCGCUGGAAGCCGAGCUGGAGGCGGUGAGGGGCGAGAUCAUCAAGCACAGGUACCGGCAGGCCGCCGGCAACCGUCUCAUUGACGACGAAGCGCAUGCCACGGCCAGCUUCGUGGCUCCUGCGUCGGCUCCGGUGCACGUUAAUGACGUGGUAUCGGUGGUGGAGGCAGGCCAAGAGGUCGCAGCCACCGGCGGCGCGUCGGGGAUGUGGACGUCGUCCGCGGUGUACGUUGCGGAAGCCGAGCAGCCGGCAAGUACUAAUCACUAUAGCUCCCUUAACCCAAGUGAGCAUCCUGCAUACUUUGGUUGA